GGCCCGAUGCGGCCCCGCUGAGCCGGGCGGGCGGCCCGAGGGGCGCGGGGGGCGCGGGGGGCCCGGCGGGCUCCGGGCCGCCCGUGGAUGAGCACCAUGCGGCUCCUGCUGCUCGCCCUCCUCUUCUCCUCGUCCUUCGCCCGCGCCGGCUGCGACCCGAAGAUCGUCAAUAUCGGCGCGGUGCUGAGCACCAAGAAGCACGAGCAGAUCUUCCGCGAGGCGGUGAACCAGGCCAACAAGCGCCACGGCACCUGGAAGCUCCAGCUCAACGCCACCUCCGUCACCCACAAGCCCAACGCCAUCCAGAUGGCCCUGUCCGUCUGCGAGGACCUCAUCUCCGGCCAGGUCUAUGCAAUAUUAGUUAGUCACCCUCCUGCUCCCAACGAUCACCUAACACCAACACCUGUAUCAUACACAGCUGGCUUCUACAGGAUCCCUGUCAUUGGUCUGACAACACGCAUGUCUAUAUAUUCUGAUAAGAGCAUCCACCUGUCCUUUUUGCGCACGGUCCCACCUUACUCUCACCAGGCCAACGUCUGGUUUGAGAUGAUGAGAGUCUUCAACUGGAACCACGUCAUUCUGAUAGUCAGCGACGACCACGAGGGUCGUGCUGCACAAAAGAAGCUGGAGACCCUCCUGGAGGAGAAAGAGUCCAAGAGUAAAAAAAGGAACUAUGAAAACCUCGACCAACUUUCCUAUGACAACAAGCGAGGACCCAAGGCUGAGAAAGUGCUUCAGUUUGACCCUGGAACCAAAAAUGUGACAUCGCUGCUGCUGGAGGCGAAGGAGCUGGAAGCCAGGGUCAUCAUCCUCUCUGCCAGCGAGGAUGACGCGGCCACGGUGUACAGAUCAGCGGCCAUGCUCAACAUGACGGGCUCGGGCUACGUGUGGCUGGUGGGGGAGCGGGAGAUCUCGGGCAAUGCCCUGCGCUACGCCCCGGACGGAGUGAUCGGCCUGCAGCUCAUCAAUGGCAAGAACGAGUCAGCCCACAUCAGUGACGCUGUGGCCGUGGUGGCCCAGGCCGUGCAUGACCUGUUUGAGAAGGAGAACAUCACAGACCCACCGCGGGGCUGCGUGGGCAACACCAACAUCUGGAAAACAGGACCCCUCUUUAAGAGGGUGCUGAUGUCCUCCAAGUACUCAGAGGGUGUCACUGGCCGGGUGGAGUUCAACGAGGACGGGGACAGGAAGUUUGCCAACUACAGCAUCAUGAACCUGCAGAAUCGGAAACUGGUCCAGGUUGGGAUUUACAACGGCAGCAAUGUCCUGACCAACGACAGGAAGAUCAUCUGGCCAGGGGGGGAAACUGAGAAACCUCAAGGCUAUCAGAUGUCAACCAAGUUGAAGAUUGUGACCAUCCACCAAGAGCCUUUUGUGUAUGUGAAGCCCACUCAGGCAGAUGGGACGUGCAGGGAGGAAUUCACCAUCAAUGGAGAUCCUGUCAAAAAGGUCUUCUGCACUGGACCCAAUGAGACCAUCCCAGGCCGUCCCACCGUGGCCCUGUGCUGCUACGGCUUCUGCAUCGACCUGCUCAUCCGCCUGGCAGGGGUGAUGAACUUCACCUAUGAGGUUCACCUGGUGGCUGAUGGUAAAUUUGGUACCCAAGAGCGGGUGAACAACAGCAACAAGAAGGAGUGGAACGGGAUGAUGGGGGAGCUGCUGAGCGGCCAAGCAGACAUGAUCGUGGCUCCCCUCACCAUCAACAACGAGCGGGCUCAGUACAUUGAGUUCUCCAAGCCCUUCAAGUACCAGGGCCUCACCAUCCUCGUGAAGAAGGAAAUCCCCCGCAGCACCCUGGACUCGUUCAUGCAGCCCUUCCAGAGCACGCUCUGGCUGCUGGUGGGGCUGUCUGUGCACGUGGUGGCAGUGAUGCUGUACCUCUUAGACCGAUUCAGCCCAUUUGGCCGGUUCAAAGUAAACAGUGAGGAGGAGGAGGAAGAUGCCUUGACUCUCUCCUCAGCCAUGUGGUUCUCCUGGGGAGUCCUGCUGAACUCUGGCAUUGGAGAAGGUGCUCCCCGGAGUUUCUCUGCCCGUAUCCUUGGCAUGGUGUGGGCUGGCUUUGCUAUGAUCAUUGUGGCUUCAUACACUGCCAACCUGGCAGCCUUCCUGGUGUUAGACCGACCUGAGGAGAGGAUCACAGGCAUUAACGACCCCCGGCUGCGCAACCCCUCGGAUAAAUUCAUCUACGCCACGGUGAAGCAGAGCUCCGUGGACAUCUACUUCCGACGGCAGGUGGAGCUGAGCACCAUGUACAGGCACAUGGAGAAGCACAACUACGAGAGCGCUGCCGAGGCCAUCCAGGCAGUGAGGGACAACAAGCUCCACGCCUUCAUCUGGGAUUCGGCAGUGCUGGAGUUUGAGGCCUCCCAGAAGUGUGACCUGGUGACGACGGGGGAGCUCUUCUUCCGCUCCGGCUUCGGGAUCGGGAUGCGCAAGGACAGCCCCUGGAAGCAGAACGUCUCCCUGGCCAUCCUCAAGUCCCAUGAGAACGGCUUCAUGGAGGAUUUGGACAAGACUUGGGUGAGGUAUCAAGAGUGUGAUUCCCGUAGCAAUGCCCCAGCAACACUCACCUUUGAAAAUAUGGCAGGUGUGUUUAUGCUGGUGGCUGGAGGUAUUGUUGCCGGGAUAUUUUUAAUAUUCAUAGAGAUAGCUUACAAAAGGCAUAAGGAUGCGCGGAGGAAGCAGAUGCAGCUGGCGUUCGCGGCCGUUAAUGUGUGGAGGAAAAACCUGCAGAGAGAACUGAGAAGGAGGAGCAAAUGUAUCCCCGAGCAUGCUCUACGCACCAGCGGGAUACAUUUUGGUUACCCCCGUGCGGUAGCAGAGCCAGACCUGGUCACUCCGUCCCCCGUCGGAAAGGUCACACUCAUUGGCACCAAAGCAAUUGGGGAGGACUCGUUGCCAGCGCCCGGCGCCGAGCGCGGCCGGGCCCCCCGGCCCGCGGCCCCCGCACCAUGGCGGCUGGUGCUCCCAGCCUGCGCCAACCAGCAGUAUCACCCCACCGACAUCACUGGCCAGCUCAACCUCUCCGACCCCUCAGUCAGCACUGUGGUGUGACCUUCUCCCCGAGGGCCAUCAGUCCUUGCCCAACACAGUAGGAAGGCACAGCCAGGACUGCCUUUCCAGGGACACUGAUGGGUUCUUCUGGGUGAGAUGGGAGGAAAGCAUCCUUCAUCCAUACACAGUGACUCCAUUGUAUAUCCCCCUCCCUUCCUAAGCCUGCUGCCAUGCUCGUGCCCCAGGAAGCACGGCAGGACCAGGACAAGGUUUGGACUUCACUGUACAGAGAUAAUUGCUUCCAAACAGUGCCACGAUAAUCAGAAUUGCCACCGGCUGGCUCCAUGCGAGGGGGAAGGACUGCAGAAGGCACACGGUGCCUGCUCUCCCAUGGUAGCAGGGAAGAGCUGGUGCCAGACCACAAACGCGUGCUUCACCUCACAGACUGCAGCCUUCUGAGCACACGCAGCCCUCAGACGUCUCCCACCGCCUGGAGGGCUCCGUGCCCACGGUCCUGAGCAGCUGGAGCAGCCAGCUCCUGGUGCGGCAGGUCGGGCACAGGUUCCUGCUGUGCCGACCCUGCGGUCUGCAGCAGGGGCUGGAGGAUGUGCGCUCUGCUCCCUGCAGGGGACGGGCCCUCCUCCCUUCCCUGCCGUGCCUGUGACUCGGUCCCUGGCCGUGGUCCGGCCGCAGCCCUCGCCCCUGUGCUGACCGCGACCUGCGGAGCCCUGCGGUGCCACCCCGGCUCCCUCCUCUCCUGCACAGAACACAUCCCCAGGACCUGGCCACGGCCAGCAUGUAGCACUCACACAGCAGCUCUCCUGGCCAGGAAUUCUCCACGGAAAAUGGCUCUGGAUGGUUGCACUGACCUCUACCCCAGCUCCACACUGCCUCAGCACCAGCAAUGCAAGGAGAGAUGCUGCGGGCUGCUCUCUGCGGUGCCCCGCUGCGGUGCCCAGGCUGGCUCAGGGCAGCACGGCCGGCCCUGGCGGCUCCCCUGCCACCCUCACCUGCGGCUCCAGCUCGCAGCAGCUCCCGCGGCAGCCCUGAAGCCCCAGCUCACGGCGCUCCAUCCGCCUCAACCUGGAGACGUGGAAAGCAGAUCCCAGUUCGGGAGAAGGGAACCGAACGAGCCAGGCUGAGCCCGUCGCACCCCGCACCCCCUUCCCCGGGCCCGCACGCCCACCCUGAGCAGCUCCCGUGGGCGGAGGCAGCGGGGGUGAGCAGCUCUGGACGGGCAGCAUCGCAUCCCAUCUGCAGGAAAACCCGCCUGCAACGUGGUACCCAGCGGCACGAACUGCCUGCCCCUGCCCAGGCUGCCCCCCAGGGCAGGAUUUUCACAUGGCAGCUGAGCAUCGUCCCACUGACUGCUGUGGCUCCAUCAGUUCAUUAGCUCCAGAUGAGAAAUCGGACCCAUUCUACUUUAUACGUCAAUGUUACAUUAAUACCAAGUUUUUGCAAGAGCUCAGUAAAGUCUA